AUAAGUUCCUCAAGCUUCUUCAAGCACACACCAAAAAUCACCAAAAACAAAAUGAAAUUCGUUAUUGUUUUCGCCGCUCUCUUCGCUGUCGCUUUGGCUGCUCCUCGUCCAGAGGAAGCCACAAUCUUGCGCUCAGACUCCGAAGUUGGACCCGAAUCCUUCAACUAUGUUUACGAAACCAGCGAUGGUGUUUCUGCUAAUGCACAAGGUCAACUCAAGAACAUUGGAAGCGAAAACGAAGCCAUCAGCGUACAAGGCAAAUACAGUUUCGUUGGUGAUGAUGGCGUAACCUACACCGUCACCUAUGUUGCUGAUGAAAACGGUUUCCAACCACAAGGCGCUCAUUUGCCAGUUGCCCCAGAAGCUUAAGUUCAGUUUUUAAAGGACUUGCUUUAAUUGUUAGGACUGUUUGUUACAAAUAAAUAAUUUUUAUGUGAAAAAAAAAA